CUGCGUCAUUACCUAAUGCCCCAGCUGAGCUGUCUUGGGCUGUACAUGUGUGCUGUGGCGGUCGCCUUGGAGGUGUCGGUGGGAAAGACCAACGUGGUGACAGCUCUGAACGGCUCGGAUGUGCUGCUGCCCUGCGUCUUCACCACCUGCAUUGGCUUCUGGGACCUCGUCUUCACCUGGUCGUACAACGACAGCACAACGCUCUGCCGUGGCUUCAUCAAGAGCAAGGCGGUGGAGCCCAAGGUGCAGAGCGAGAACUUCAGGGUUGUCUUCGUGGGCUCGACCACUGGCAAGGACAACAACAUCUCCAUCGUCCUUCUCAGCGUGGACUUCAGUGACGCCGGGAAGUACACCUGCCACGUCAAGAACCCCAGGGAGAAAGGGAACGCCGAGCACUCCUCCUACAUCGAGCUGCAGGUCGUGCACAAGUUGGUGGUAGCAGACAACACCCUGACACUCAUCAUUGUGGCCGUCGUGGGUGGGCUCAUCGGCCUCCUCAUCCUCUUCAUGGUGGUCAAGAAGGUUGUCCUCUUCAUCAUCAAGAAGACCCAGGAUGGGAAGAAGGAGUGUCUCGUGAGCUCGUCGGGCAACGACAACACGGAGAACGGCCUGGCGGGCUCCAAAGCGGAACAGAAAGUGACACCAAAGGCAUGAAGCAACCGCAGCACAAAGCACCUGCCUGCAAGGAGGCGAAACCCCGCUGGGGCAGGGGCUGGACCAAUGACCUUGCCAAACUAACCAUGCUUAGGACCUGUCUGUAUUACACACGUGCCUGCAAUUCGCGCUGCUGCUUCUCAGACGAGACUGCAACCGCCGCGGGGCCCGGGAGCGGCUCAGGGACCCCGGCUGGAGCGGGCGGACGACCCGGCUGCUCUCGGGGCAGGGACGGCGCAUGUCAAGUAAGAGGGAAGAGGCAGGGGCCCGGGCUCCUGGCAGGGCUGCGGGCCGGAGCGUGGCACUGCCCACAGGGCUCCGGCGUGGCUCUCCCCUGAAGCUCGCUGCAGAACCAAAUUUAUGUUCCCCUCGUGUGCCUGGCAUGGCCUUGGCCUCCGCUCCUUGCCGGCUCUUGUUCCCCGGAGGGCCCGAGGCCCCCUGGGUGAGCCGCCCCCCAUGGGAUCCCCUCUCCGCCCAGGGACCCCUAUUGCUUGGGCUGCUGGAGGGCCCGUCUGACUGGGCUUGGGCAGCAACAGGCCUGAUGUCAUGGCACCGUGCGCGGGCCCUGCAAGCGUCUGGCUGCAGUCCUCGCCCCGUCCCUGCAUCAGUGCCAAGGGUUGGCUCUGCCCUCCCCAGCCCUGGGCGUCCUGCUGCACCCGGGUGUGGGGUGAGCGGGGAGCUCUGCACGGGUGCAAACAGCAGCAGGGAGGGAUACGGGGCCUGGUAUGUGGCUGGAGCCCAGGUGGGAGCUCUGGGUGGGUCGGUGGCAAUGAGGCCCCUCCCUGCCUGUGUGCAGCGCAGUCCCAGCUCAGGCCACAGCCACUGGUCAGCGGACCCGGCGAAGCGUGGAGAGCCAGCUGGAGGGCUGGGCAGCCCGGAGGCACCCACGGGCUGGGCUGUCCGUAGCCCUGCUGCGGGCUCCACUGCGGGGAGCCCCGGAGAGGCUGCGAGGGCAGUCAGGCCCUGUCGGAUGAGCUGAUUCUCUGGCCUGUGCCUGCCCUGUCCCCAGUUCCCCCCCCAGGUCAGGAGCUAGAUGGGGCGGUUUGCAGCUUCCAGCCAAGGGCUAUGCUCUUACUGCUUUGCAAAUCUCCCCGCGGCUUCGUCUAGACCCUCCCCUCCCCUCCUGGACACCAGUGACAUCCCGAGUGACACCACUGGUGCUGGCGGUACCCAGCGUGACGCUGGUGGACCGGGGAGGAGAAUCGGGCCACGCACGCUGGUCCCUGGUCCUGGCAGACCCACAGGGAGGGCCAGCUUGGGCUACAGGAGGGAAGGGGCUGCCUCAGGGUGGAGCAGGCUGGGCUGUGUCCUCGUGCUGCACAUCUGAGCCCCAGCGUGGGGCUGGGGGCCCUGGGGGCAUGGCUGUAGAUGUGGGGGUCCCCCUUGCCGGCUGGCGGAUGCUGGGGGAAGGGGGGGUCCUGGCACAGAAGCUGGCUUGUUCUGCCUCUGGCUUGCCUCACUCGUGCCCGGGCACCCGCCCGUCGCCCACGUGUCCUGCCCCCCGCGCCGCCCUGGCCGCCUGGGGGGAAGCUGCCGUGCUUCUCGUCUGUGGAUUCUGGGCUUCCUCUUUCUUUCUUCGGCUAGGCACAUGCCGAGCAGGCGCUUUAGAUGCUGGCGCAGCAAGGCUUUAACUGGUUAGGCAAAUAUUUUUUUAUAAUGGAUUUAACUGGGAAAACGGCUGAUUCUGUUUUCCUGUCAUCUAGGAAUGAGCAUGGCCUCCAUUCACGAUGCAGGGAGGGGGUCGGCCAGAGUCCAGGGCUCAGGACUUCCAGGUCCUGCUCCUGACUCUACCACCGACUUGCUGUGUGACCUUGGGCAAGUCACUUUGUCUCUCUGUGCCUCAGUUUCCCCAUCUGUAAAAUGAGGGUAAUAAUACUGAUCUACCUCGCAGGGGUGCUGUGAGGCUCCCUGGAGUCACAUUUAUAAAGUGCUUUGGAUCCUCGGAUGAGACGGCUGCAGGCAGCCCGCAGGCGGGGAGGGCGGCGGUCGAGCACGUGAGCGCAGCCAGAUGCGGGAAGCCACAACCGCAUUGGGACAGAGGGACUCGCCACCGUGCUGAAUGCCAGGGAUGCUGGCUGGGCAGCCCCCGCAGACAGCCAGAAAUGAGAGCCUGGGGAGGUCUCCGUUGCGCCCUGCCCCGCUCUGCUUCCUCUGCAGCCCCGUCUGCCCGGCCCGGUGCCCGCCUCGCGCGCCAUCCACUCCCAGCCCUGGCAGGGGACUGUUGUCGUGGGGGGAGCCCCACAUGCCCCGCUCCACAGGUCCUGCCGGGGACACCAACCUGGGCCUGUAGCAGCAGAACCGGACUGGAUGAGCUGGCACGCAGGUGCCCGGGGCGUCGGGCUCCGUGGAGUCCACCAUGGAUUUCAUGGCUGCUUGUGCCCAUGCAUGGCGUGUGCCUGGGCCUGCAUGGCUGGUGGCAGAGCUCCCUCAGACAGGCUGUCAGCCGGGGCAGGAAGGCAGUCUUGCCUGAGCACGGCAGCUCUGUCUUGGGCAAAAGAUCUUCCAAACCAUCUGCAAGGAGCUGGAAAAGCCUUGUCUAACUACGGAAGGAGCAAAUAACCCUCCGCCUGCACCCCUACCCCCAUGCCACCCCCAGUGGCCUUGCCUCCAGAUGGAAUUAAAACCUUUCUGAAGGUAAAAUUCAGGCCAACAGUGUCCCUCUGAAGUCCAGUUCAGUCCUUGCAUGUCGUAAGCUGCUGGGUUCAUCGCUCGUGCAUACAUGUCCGUGCCCUUGUCCAUGCGACCCAGGAACAGGCUCUUUCCUCCGCAUGCCCACACCCGGGGGAGUCGGGAGUCGGGAGUCAGGGUGGGUCUUGGCGUUCCAGCGAGGAAAGGGCACGCGGGAGGUCUGUGGUGGGGGCUCGGUCUCCAGCCCAAGGGCAGGAAGUGCAGCCAGCUGGACCUGGAGCUGGGCACCCUGCCAGGGCCGCGUGGGCUGUGUGCACUAUAGGGAAGGCCACGUGCUGUUUUCUCCAGGAGGGAACUGGGAUGGGCGCUUGUCUCUGGCAGUGCCUGAGGCCCUGUUCAUGACUGAAUUUGGUGCUCACUGCCGGGGUGCAGGCUGCAGACAGAGCUUGGGUGCAGUGCCCAGUGCCAGUGCCCACGUGGCCGUGGUUUCAGAGGGGAGUCGCAGCUGCACCCUGUCUAGUGGCACCGGUGCGUGGGGAGGCUCUGCGCCAGGGCGGGCAUCGCAGGGAGGCAGCUCCGGCUCUGGCACAAGUGCUGUGCGGGGGCAGCGUCUCUGCUGCAUAGAGCAGGGCCUGGGGCUCCAGAGCCCGGCUCUGCUCCCUGCUCUGCCACCGGGAGCCGUAGGGAGCCCAGGGCACAUCGUUCGACCUCUGUGCUCAGUUUCCCUGCCUGUCCAAUGGGCUCAGACUGACCUACCUCAUGGGUGCGGGGAGGCUGCUUCCUCCCUGGUUGUCAGGGGCUCCCAGAUCCUUGGAUGAAAGGCGCUGUAUAAAUGCAAAGUAUUAUUAAAGUACCAUUGUCACUCAUGCAACGUUAGCGGGAAAGGCAUACAAUCUCCCAGCUAGCCCACCAGCCCCGGCCCCUCCCUGAAGAAGAGCUCUCCCAGGAGAGCGCAGUUGGGGGAGGGAAAGGUUUUUUAAAAAAAACUAUUUUUAGUGGCCAUAACCUGUCAGUCUUUUUUAGAAUCAGGAUCAGGACAUCGUCCCACUUCCCACAUGAUAUGCAAUGCUGUACUAUGCAUGGACUCUUCCCCUGGCUUGACAGAAAACUUAACGCAAUCAGUUCUUGACCCGCAACUCUCGGUCUGCGACGGUGUGCGGGUGCGUACAGCCUGGCAGCGGGCAUGCUUAGGACGCUCCCUUGGCACAAAAUCCUGAGCUAUGUGGUGCCCGCUGUCCACACACGUGCACAGAGACCUGUACGUCCGGGCGUGCGUUGGGUGUACUGGUUUUACAUAUAGGAUAUACUGUAAACAGACACGGGGUGUCUCCGGACAUCCUGUGUGUUGCCUUUAAAACACGUUUUGCACUGUAGAGUUUUAUUUAGCUUUGCCUUGAAUGAAAUAAAAGUUGACAUUUAGUAGAGA